AUGCCAGCGUCAUCCUCAAUACAGUCCUACUUCUCUUUGCCGAGAAAGAAUGGUGAUGGGUUCACCCCCGAGGAGAUGCAGUCGGCUCUUUCCACCAAAAGAGCGACUGCAGCAAGUGCAUGGACACCGACACUCGACUAUGAGGAAGCCGGCAUAGGCACACUCGAACCCGGUCCGCGUCAUCUCACUCUCAUGGGCCGGAUAGUGUAUUUCAACGACCAAGCCAAACCCAGCAAGUCGCACAAGGCAGCUCAAGGAUGCAUUAGAAUAAUGGUAUCAGACGACACUGGCGUACUCACUGUUCGUCUUUGGUAUGCGAAUACACAGUACAGGCUCAAACUGGGCCAGCUAGUGAGCCUUUGGACAGUGCACAUUUCGAAUUCCUCGGAACACAACUCACUCGCCCCAAAUACUGCACCGCUUUUCACAACCAUGUUCCCCGAGGGCGAGAGAAACUGCCAUUUCAUGGUUCACGAGAACAGCGAUGAUGGGACAAGGUUCAAGCGACCGUAUGGUGUGAGCGAAUCGAGAGUGUUGCCGGGUUUAAUGACGCUGAAGAGCUUCACUGAUGGUGGGUAUGAUGUCGAGGAGCCGAAACUACUCGUCUGCGUCAAGAGCAUUGGUGCGAGGAAGAAAUACAUGAACCGCAACGGCACAACGUCCGAACUCAUCUCCCUCGGCAUCUUUGACGACACUUCCGACGGCCUCCUCACCCUCUACUCUUCCAUGUGCGACUCCGCCUCCCUCUUCACCCCCUCCAAAACAGUCCUCCUCAUCUCGAACCCCGGCUGGCGCAUCGAGAAGAUUGCCAAAUUGACAGUCAGCGGUAAUUCUCGUGUCGAUGUCGACCCAAACAUGGGUGAUGCACAUCGAUUGAGGGCACUCGCCCAGCGAUUGACCAAAAAGGAGCACGUAAACCCCCCUUUCCCACUCACCACCGCAGAAGUCCAGGAAUACGGGCACGCAACAGUGAAGGCCCUAUAUACACUGGCCAAUGUAGACUCCACCGCUCGCGCCCUUUCAAACAAGGGUUCCACAGACACGAUAGUCGGCUACUUAAGCGUCAUAAUCACCGAACUCAACAUCGUCACGCCGUCAAAACGCAACAUGCUCAUGAGCAACGAAUGCUGCGGAAUCCCCAUCUUCGCAAAUAGCACAUCUGUGCAAUGUAGACAAUGUGACAAACCAGUCCAUCUAAGAGUUAAUCCUAGAAUCCUCGGCCCCCUCCUCGACGAAACAGGCCAAAUCAGCCCUGGCAAACUCAUCCUCUCAGACGCUGCGUGGAAUCAGCUGCUAGGUCGCACGCCCCUGCAACUCGCGGAGACUGAUGUAGAGGUACUGAGGUAUCUGGAGCAGAGGCUGCUUUUUCUGCGUGUCACGAUGGGGUUUGCGCUGAGGCUGGAGGGGGAUAUUGGGAGGUUGGCUGUUUGGUGUGUUGGGAGUUAA